UUGUUUGCAUAUUUCAAGUAGGAUAACAGAAUGGCGAACAUAAGCUGGUAAGAAGUUCACUGAAGGCCGGUUAACGUGACAUUUUGAUCAGUUGAGCUGUAGUGACAAGACAGGAAGUCUAUUUACGUACAUUAUGAAAUUUAGGAACUUGAUAUCUAUGUGUGAAAUAUCGAAAGACUUCGGACUGAAGGAAGGAACAGCAAAUGCAGCUGGUCAGUGAUUACAGAGGUUUUAAGUAAAUGGAAACUGACAGAUCCUCAGGAUCAUUUGCAGCUACAUUUGAAUAAUGCGUUUCUGGUUUUUACAUUUAUUACAAUUUGAUGAUUGUCAACUAUGAAUGCUAUAUCGAGGGAAAGGAAACUUAUAUUGGAAUGCCGCUCCUCAAAGGCACAACCAGAACAAUAAAAGUGGAACCUACGAUUCAUAACAAGUCAGGGAAUACUCCGCCAGAGGGAGACGUGAACUCUAAAGACUUAGAUAGCGACGACAGGACAACAAUGCCACCGUAUUUAUCAACUCUGAAAUUUCAGCUGAAGCAGUUCGACGCCGACUUGGUUCGUCAAUCGGACUAUCUUGAGGAAGGAAUUGAAUACACAUCUCUUCCAGCGCAUAAAACUAAAGGAACACAAACCAUCACUCUACCAUUGAACAUGCCUGUUGUGGUGAGCGAGAAACUAUGCUUUCGUCGAAAAGGCAACGGUUCACCUAAUUUUAAGCACCGGUUGAAUAAUUCAGUUAAAGACGAUUGUUCUAAGGUUUCACUCGCUAGGUCACACACGAAUGGACAAGAAAACGACGUGAGAAAAAUCCUAGAUGGCUCAGACGAUACGAGUGCAACUGCAGGAAAAUGGUUUAAUGACAUCGAUAAACUAACGAGCUUCAAAGCCAAACACAAAAUUGAAUUCUUCUCCAGAGAAAAGAAGGAAAUAGAAAGAGAAUGGACGUCAACUCCUAAGAAAUUUUAUAAGUGUAUUUUGAAUUGUAGACAAAAGCAAUUAUCUCUGUGUAAUGGUUUCCGAACCAGUAAACGCGAUGUUGAUCGGGGAUCGAAAAAAGUUUCCUUUCCCGCUGAUGUUCUUUUGUUUUCUGCUAUCGAGGAAAAUGCGUCGAAGGAAUUAAUUGAAAUAAUAAGGAUCUACAAGACAGAUGUCAAUUUAAGUAGAAAUGCACGCGGACUUCCCCCGCUUCAUCGAGCAGUACAGCGCGGAGCUGUUGAAUGUGUUCGAGUCCUACUGAGUCAUUCGGCUGAUGUGAAUUUGAGAGACUCCGCAAAUCGCCCAGCUAUAAAUCUGGCGAUUUCAAUGCGCCAGUUUGAGUGUAUUGUGCUUUUAAUCGAGUCAGGAGCUAGCGUAGCAGAGUACACAAACCAACGAUUACAGGAUUAUGAAAACGUUCAGACUUUGUCGAAGAGCUGUUAUCGAUCUUUCGAGGCCAAUGUUUAACAAGAACGAUAUUCGCACUCCUGAUAUAGCUCAAAAUUGCCGCUCGGUUUUUUGAUUUACAAUAGCGUCAAAGCCGUUUUAUUGGUUGAUAAAAAAAAGAAACUACUAAUGCAUGUUUUCGGGUUUUCGACUCUGUAUUUUAUUGUUAUUUUCUUCCUGAAAAUAAAGAUGUAUUAUACGAAAACAAUAUAUUAUAAUGACAAAUUUUGGCAAAGUAAACGAUUGUUCCUUUAACGUGCCUAUUGUUUACACUCCUGAGCAUGAAUAUAUUCUGCAUUCUAAUUUUCUUUCGAAAGAAACAAUUGAUCUUAAAAUCAACACGUGUGCCUUUUUUUAGAUAUUAACAUAUAUAUUUUUUAUUAUUGUUUUUGACAUUAUCAUUUUUUCUCAAUAUUUUAUCAGUUGCCGGUGAAUUAAUUUUAUAAAAGAAAUUUUCAACAAUUACCUUUAACUUUCAAUUUUGAUGAACGUGUACCACGACUGAAUGGCAAGGGUACAGUUUCUCAAUCCAUACCUAACCAUCUUAAUAACUGUGUCAGCUCCGACGAGCCAGUGUCAAUAAGACUAGGCUUGCAAAAUUGAUUAUAAUUAAUAACGGGAAACAAACUUUCUCUGCAUGAAAGCGGUUUCAAAGCUAGAAAAUUUAAAUGUGUUUUGGUAUUAAAAUGAAUAUUGGAACACUUAAUAUAGGUACAAGAAACACUGCUUUAAUUUCCAGUUGAAAUGAAUCUAUCAUCAUAUAGCAAUUGGCAACUAAGUAGCAAGCGUUUGUCGUCUCUUUAAUUUGAGACUGAAAAUAUAACAGACGAAAGACCAUGCAGCAAAGUCGAGUAGUUUCAUUUUUUUUUUUUUGGCGGAUAAGCUCUUGGUUUAUCGUCAAAAAUAGGAUAUUUAUUCAUACAAGACAAAAACAAAGGAGUAUAUUGGAUUAUUCGAAUGAUAUUCGCGAUAUUUUGAGAAUUUUUAGCAAUGUGCUAAUGAUUGUCUCAGUGGACGGUUUAAGAUUAAAGUAUGUACAUUGCUUUUGAUUAUCCGGUGUCAUCUUGCAUAUUUUGAAUUUCCAUUCCCUAUUGGAUUAGGUACACGGCUAAGUUACCUACAAUGGCCUUCGACCUAAUCAUGGUCGUUCGUUUGGCUGAUAAUUAGGUGAUGUCUGUAAGGAAAUAGUACAAACUCCUUAAUUAACGCACGACUAGCCGUGCAUAACCUUGCAUGAAGUGUAGUUAAUUCAUCAUUGACCGUCAGUCCAGCUCUUAUUUAUAAGUAUCUAAGCGGCGAAAACAAAGUGACUGAAUUCGCAAGCUAUCAAAAGUCGAAGUGAAAUUUGAUAAACCAGUUCUGAAUAUUUGAAUAUUUGGCGCAUACAUUAGAAUCAUCUGAUAUGACAACAACGAUAUGAGUUAAUGAAUAAGUUGUCAUAAUGGGAAACAUUCUCCUCUGGUAGGUCGAGAAACCGGCGGUGAAAUGUCGUCACCCCAGUUUUUCUUUCCUUCCAAAUAGAACAAAUGUUGAGGAUUGUAGUCAAGGUGCUAACUGUGAAAUACACGAGAUUAUAUUGA